AUGGAAAAUUUGAUUGGGAGUGAUGAUGAUAAUGCAGAGUAUGAAGGGGAUGGAGAAUCUGAAGAGGGUAAUCAAGAGUAUGAAGAGGAUGAUGAAUCUCAAGAAAGUGAUCCAAAUUUUGAAGAGUAUGAUGAAUCUGAAAAUAGUGAUCCAGAGUAUGAAGAAGAUGAGAGACAAAUAGAAGAGGAAGAUCAUAUGGAUGACAUAAUGGAUGUUGACAACAAUAUACAGGAUGUGGAUGUGGACAUUGGAGACUUCACUCUCAAUGUUGAAAGUGAUGUGGAAGGUUCUUGUAUAAAUGUUGUUCAUGGGCAUGAACCUGAAGAUAUGGAAGUGAUUAACAAUGAGGAAUUUGAAUCUUUGGAUGAAGGAUCCGACCAAGACAGAGAGAGAAGAGCUCUUAUCAAGAAUUUGAGAAAAAAAGGUGCAGUCUUGGGGCUUAGGGCACAGUGUAGAGGUGUUGUACCUGUCACCAAUAAAGGCCAAGUGGGUAGUCAAGCUACCACUUCAAAAAGAAAGGGUAAAGAAUUAAAGACACAAAAAGUAACAUGUGGUUGGUACAUUCAUGCAUCUAGGUCAAAUCCUGAAUCCGACUGGUUUAUAAGGACCUUAAACCAAACUCACACAUGUUUGCAAACAAGGAAACUCAGGGCUUGUACUGCUUCUUUAAUCAGCAAGAAAAUCUUUGAUCAAGUUGAGGCGAAUCCAGAUAUACCUUUGAGAGCCAUACAAGAUCACUUUCAAAAGACCUACCAAGUGGGUGUUAGUAUGGACAAGGUGUUCAGGGCAAAGGAUAAGGCAAGAAAGCAUAUAACUGGUGACUACACAAAGCAGUAUGAACUGUUGAGGGACUAUGUUCUCGAACUUCAAGCCACCAACCCAGACACCACAGUGAAAAUAGAUGUAUGUUCUGAGCCUAACCCUGAUUCCCCAACUAGGCAGUUUAGAAGAAUUUAUGUGUGCUUGGGUCCACUGAAAAAAGGGUUCAAGGCAUGCCUUAGGGACUUAUUAGGUUUUGAUGGUGCCUUCAUGAAAGGACCAUUCCCUGGGCAAGUCCUUUCAGCAGUUGGUCUUGAUUCCAAUAAUGGAAUUUACCCAUUAGCAUAUGGGAUUGUUGAGUCUGAAAACACAGAAAGCUGGAAAUGGUUUUUAGAUAACCUUGGGGAUGACUUGGACCUUGGAAGAAACUCAAAUUUUACUUUCAUAAGUGACAGGCAAAAGGGUUUACAUACUGCAGUUGAGCAAAUUUUUCCCAAUGCUGAGCAUAGAUAUUGUAUCAGACAUAUUCAUGACAAUAUGAGGAAAAGAUGGAGGCAAACAGAGUACAGGGACCACUUAUGGAGGUGUGCAUCAGCUACCACCAUUCCUGAGUUUGAACAUUUGAUGAAGGAGUUUAGUCAGUAUGAUAAGGAGGCAUGUGAAUGGUUGAAGCAAAUUCCUCCUAAACAUUGGGCAAGGAGUCAUUUUUCAGGAAGAGCAGUUUCUGAUGUGUUGAUAUCAAACAUGUGUGAAGUGUUUAAUGGGAAGAUAGAGAAAGGAAGGGAUAAACCUGUCAUUGGAUGUUUAGAAUUCAUAAGGGAGUAUCUAAUGAAGAGGAUAUGCAAUGUCAUGAAGGAAAUGAAAAAGGCUAAAGGUCCACUAACACCCACAGCAACAGACAUCCUAGCUGCAAGAAAAACAGUUGCUUCACAAUACAUUGCUAGGUGGAAUGGGGGAGACAAGUAUCAAGUCACAGGAGCUUUGCAGGAUCAACAUGUGGUUGAUGUUAGGAACAAAACAUGCACUUGCAGAAAAUGGGAAUUAAUUGGAAUUCCAUGCAGACAUGCAAUUGCAACUCUGAAUGAGAUGAGUAAAGACCCAGAGGCUGAGCUUGACAUUUACAAAUGGGUUCACAAGGUGUAUUUUCUAGAGACAUGGAAAAAGGCUUAUUCUUUUAAGGUGGAGCCAAUUAAGGGUAGAUCCAUGUGGCCCAAAAGUGAAUGUCCCACAAAGCUAAUCCCUCCUCCACAUCGCACUCAGGUGGGAAGGCCUAAGAAAAAGAGAAGACAAAGUGAGGGUGAAAGGUUAAGCAAAAAGCAGAAGGCAAGUCAAGGUGAUGGAGUGAAUGCUGCACAAGAAGGAGGUUCCCAAAAACCAACAAAUGAUGGAGUGCAGAAGCUAUCAAGGAAGCAUAUCCAAGAAGUAAUGUGUCAUGCAUUCAUGGAGUUUUCUGUGAUUUUGUUUUCUUCUCCGAUUAAGGAUCGCGAUAAAGAUUUUGGGGGAAAAAUGAGUUCUUUUUCAAUUACAAGGAAAAAGACACCUUUUCAAAAGCACCGUGAAGAAGAAGAGGCAAAGAAAAAGAGAGCUGAGGAUGAAACAGCUCGUCUAUAUGCUGAGUUUCUGGAAUCAUUUCAAGGGGAUGAUGCACCUGGAUUAAAAGCUUUUGUCAGAGGAGGAACAGUUAAUGAUGAGAAAGUGAAGCCUGAUACAGGUGGAAAUUCCAAAGAUGUAUCUGGUUCAAAGAAGGGGAGUAGGUAUGUUCCUUCUUUCAUCCCCCCUCCUAUGGCAACCAAGGGUAAAGAUCAUGAAAAACAGAAAGAGGAGGAGAGGUCAAAGGAGAAAGGGAAAGGGAAGCCUAGGAAUAUAGACUAUUUUAUGGAGGAGUUGAAACAUGAACAAGAAAUGAGAGAAAGACGAAACCAAGAACGUGAACAAUGGCAUGAUGGGCGUCAAACUGCUACUUCAACUCUAUCUACUCGAUUUGAUGAAUUGCCUGAUGAAUUUGAUCCAAGUGGAAAGCUUGGAUCAUUUGAUGAUGGGGAUCCUCAAACCACCAAUCUUUAUGUUGGGAAUCUUUCACCUCAGGUAGAUGAAAAUUUUCUGUUGCGUACAUUCGGAAGAUUUGGACCUAUUGCUAGUGUGAAGAUCAUGUGGCCAAGAACAGAAGAGGAACGCAAACGACAAAAAAACUGUGGUUUUGUGGCUUUUAUGAAUCGUGCAGAUGGACAAGCUGCAAAAGAUGAAAUGCAAGGGGUGAUUGUUUAUGAUUAUGAAUUGAAUAUUGGGUGGGGAAAAUCGGUUUCCCUCCCUUCUCAAUCACUCCCUGCUCCUCCUCCAGGACAAAUGGCCAUUAGGAGUAAAGAGGGUGCCACUGUAAUCUUGUCUGGUCCAUCUGGUCCUCCUGUUACUUCUGUCCCAAGUCAGAAUUCUGAGUUGGUUCUUACUCCCAAUGUGCCAGAUAUAACUGUUGUAUUGCUUGAAGAUAUUCGUCUUCGAAAAGUAAUUGAUACAAUGGCUCUUUAUGUUCUUGAUGGAGGUUGUGCUUUUGAGCAAGCUAUAAUGGAGAGGGUUCGUGGGAAUCCUCUUUUUAGUUUCUUGUUUGAACUUGGCUCUAAGGAACAUACUUACUAUGUUUGGAGACUCUAUUCCUUUGCUCAGGGUGAUACUUUGCAUAGGUGGCGAACUGAACCUUUCAUUAUGAUAACUGGUAGUGGGAGAUGGGUACCUCCUGCUUUGCCAACAGCCAAGAGUCCAGAAAAUGAGGAAACUGGAGCCACAUUUGCUGCUGGAAGAAGCAGGCGCGUUGAGACUGAACGUACACUAACUGAUGCACAAAGAGAUGAAUUUGAAGACAUGCUUCGUGCCCUAACAUUAGAAAGAAUUCAAAUCAAAGAAGCAAUGGGUUUUGCAUUAGAUAAUGCUGAUGCUGCUGGAGAGAUAGUUGAAGUUUUGACAGAGUCUUUGACUCUUAAAGAAACGCCAAUUCCCACUAAAGUUGCAAGGCUUAUGCUUGUGUCGGACAUUCUUCACAAUAGUAGUGCUCCUGUAAAGAAUGCAUCUGCUUACAGAACCAAAUUUGAAGCAAAUUUGCCUGAUAUACUUGAGAGCUUCAAUGACUUGUAUAGGGGUAUCACUGGAAGAAUCACUGCUGAGGCACUUAAGGAACGAGUUUUGAAAGUUCUUCAAGUAUGGGCGGACUGGUUCUUAUUUUCCGAUGCAUACGUAAACGGUUUACGCGCCACAUUUCUCAGAUCCGGCAACUCCGGCGUUCUCCCAUUCCAUUCCAUUUCCACUGACACCCCAGAAACCGAACACAACCCCAAUUCCAACGAUCUCGGAAUCACCAAUUCCGACGCAGCAUUAGCCAUAGGCAAAAGCGCCGCCACAAAAGAACUAAUGAGCCUCCCUCUUUCCGAACUGGAAAGACGAUGCCGCCACAAUGGUUUAUCCCUUAUUGGCGGCCGAGAAGUGAUGGUUGCACGGUUGCUUUAUUUAGAAGAGUCGGAAAAACAAAGGGGUUAUGAGAUAAACGAUAAUUUGAAAUACUCUAAUGUACGGAAUCCGAGAGAGAGUAAUGUUGAUUCCGGCCCUGUGGGGUUUUCAGGAAGGAAUCAUGAGGUUUUGUCGGAAGGGAGAGGUUCGGAAUCGUUGAUUCCGAUUCCGAUUCCACAGCCUGAGUUGAAAGCGUUUCCUAAUAAAAUGAAAAGUGAUUCUGUAUUACCUGUUUCUAAGUGGGCUAGAGAUGAUGAUGAAAGUGAUGAUGAACAUAAGAGAAGUACUAAAGAUCUUGCUUUAGGUUAUUCAUCUUCUGGAAGUGAGAAUACUGCUGGUGGUGGUGGCGGCGGCGGCAAUGCUGAGGUGGUAGAGCCGCUAAGCAACGCUAACAUUUUUUCCGAUAGUGGGCUAAGUGAAGAGAAGAGACAAAAGUUGAGACAAAUUGAGGCUGCUUUGAUUGAAUAUCGUGAAGUUUUAGAAGAAAGGGGAAUGAAAAACAAAGAAGAAAUUGAAAAGAAAGUUGCAGCUCAUCAGAAACAGCUACAAUAUAAAUACGGCUUAACAGAUUCUAGUGAAGAUGCAUCAAAAAGGUUAUUAUCAUCUACAGACCGAAGGGGGGAUAAAAGAGACAAUUCGCGUGAAUCUUCUAGAAAGCGUCACCGGAGUCACCGUGGCGGCAGUGAAAGCCCACCACCACCACCACCACCAAAGUCAUCAAGUAGAGACAGGGAGAAAGAACGAGACUAUGACAGAGAUAAACGCAGAGAUAGAGACAGGGAUAACAGGAGAAGAAUGAGCUGAGUCAAGAAUGCAUGAUGAUGAUGAUGAUGAUGAUGAUGAUGAUGAUGAUGUAUGUGGUGUUUUGUAUGGUGGGAGAAAAAGUAUGGGGUGCAUGUCAUUUGGUCAUGUGGUACAAUUGAAUGAUGAAUCUUAUUUGGUGUAUAAACGACAUGGUUAUUACUUUUUGUUUUGGAAUGAGACUAAUUGGUUUGGUUUAUUGCACGUAUGAGAAAAUUCUUGUAUUCGUGUUUUGAAUUAUGAAGCAACAAUGGAAGGUGGAGUGUUACAUGGUCAAAUUCAUUCAAGUGUAUGGCAAAUUUUAUUAGGUCUUGAUUCGUUUAAGCCUAGCUAACAAUCUAGCAGGUUGGUUGCUGUGUACCUCAUUUACUUCUUGUGUUUAUGCUACCGUGUUUGUGUAAAGGUGUUAAAGUUUAUGACAUGUAAAUCAAUUGGAUCUUAGCUCAUUUGCAUACCGUAUCACAUUAUUCUG